AUGAUGAAUCACAGUCAACCAACUGUUCGAAUGAAACCAGAUAAACAACUUGACUGUAAUUUAAGUCAAGAUGACGGUGUCUGGAUGAUGGCUUCAAGUUUUAUUAUAUUCACAAUGACUGCUGGUUUUGGAUUGUUAGAAUCUGGAAGAGUUUCAUCAAAAGAUGAAGUGAAUUGUAUGGUUAAAAACGUGUUUGACGUGAUUUUUGGAGGUCUCGCAUAUUGGAUGUUUGGUUACGGGUUGACAUUCGGAGAUUCAAAACAUCAAUUGGGUCGAUUCUUUGGAUUCGGAGACUUUUUCUUCGAUCCAGAAAGAGUUUCCGAUGAUGACUCCACUGAUGAGAAAGGAAUCUCUUAUUCACUUUUUAUUUUUCAAAUGAGUUUUGCCACGACAACGUCUACCAUCGUUUCUGCUGGAAUGUCAGAAAGAAUUCAUUUGAAAUCUCACUGUUUUAUAUCAUUUGCAAUCACAUUGGUUCAUUCAAUUGCUGGUCACUGGGUCUGGGAUCAAGAAGGAAUAUUCCGAACGAUGGGAGUUGUCGACUCGGCGGGAUGUAGUGCUGUGCAUUUGGUUGGAGGAAUAUCUGGUUUAGUCGCCACUUUAUAUCUGACACCGAGGAGAAAUCGAUUCGCAAAGAAUGGAUUACGAACAGUCAGUGAUCCGACGAAAGCGAUUUUAGGGUUUUUAAUGAUUUGGUGGGGAUGGUUGGCAUUUAACACUUCGUCGAAUUAUGCUGUAACGCAUGGACAAUGGACAGAGGGAAUGAGAUCUGCAGUUGGGACAAUCCUUGCUUCGGCAGGAGGAGGAGUGGUGACUGUUGUGAUAACAAGAUAUGCCACAAAAAAGAUUCAAAUGGAUAUGUUAAUAGAUGGAAUGCUGGCUUCUCUAGUUGCCAGUACGGGGGGAUGUCUGUAUUUUACUCCUUGGCAGGCUACUCUAGUUGGAGCAAUUGGAUCAUCACUUGCUCUUGCAGCGUAUCCUGUUACAGAAUGGUUAAAAAUUGAUGAUCCAGUUGGAGUAUUUCCAGUCCAUGUUGUUGGAUCCAUUUGGGGAAUGAUCGCUCCCGCUAUUUUCGUUUAUAGAAGACCAAUGAAUUUCGGACCACCGGAGUGCAAUUUCCAGACAUCAGAUGAGGCAAAUGGAUUACUGUAUGGCGGUGGUUUCUAUCUUCUGUUUCUCCAAUCUUUCGUCAUUGUUGUCAUUGCAACAUACAGUGCAAUUUGUGCAUUCAUUAUUCUUUUUAUAAUGCAUCACUCCCCAAUUGGUCUCCGAGUCGAUAAAUAUCAAGAAGAAUUAGGAGCAGAUCUAAUCGAACAUGGAUUAGCUGGAGUGAAUGUGAUGACUUAUACUCUUGAGAAAAAGUUGGAUACAAAAACACUAUCAGCAGUUCUAAUGAUAAUUGUUCGUUGGAGAGCGAAAGCAAAACUUGGAGCAAUGAGAAGAAAACAAGUCCAUGACAGUGGAUUAGUCACUCCGAAGCCUACUGAAAACGUGGAAAUGAAUGUAAUCCAUCGACGUCAUUGA